GUUCCGCACUAUUGGCUGACAGCAGGGGCAGUCUUACCUGUACCUGUGUGAAGGAGUGCCAUUCGUCAUCGUCCGACUCCAAAUCAGAAUCGACUUUUCCUUCUUCCAGCAGCACGGAGAGGUAGAAGUCGGCCAGGGCGGCUGGAAAGUGAGCCAGCGACUGCAGAAGGACUUGGAGCAUGGAACCUAUAACGUCGUGGAGCGAGGAGCAAGUCAGCUCCUGGCUCCAAGGUCUGGAUGCCCCCUUGCAUCAGUAUGCGGUCUCGGAGUGGCAUUUGUCGGGUCUGGAUCUGCUCCAGCUGACCUCUCAGGACCUGGAAAAGUUGGGAAUACAUAAGAUCGGACAUCAGGAGCUCAUACUGGAGGCUGUGGAGAAACUCUGCUCUCUGACAUAUUGUAUAGGUGGUGAUAAUCUACGCAGUCUGGCAGAGAGGCUGCGUGCCGUUGCCCACACCCUCCAGAUGGGCAUCCAGGGCCGCUGGCGCCUCAAUAGCUACGAUGGACGCAGCACCACCAAGCUGCAUGCUGGCAUUCUGCAGGUUGUAGUGGAGCUCAUCACCUCUGCCAAAGGACUCUUCUCUUUGCUCAACAGGUAUCAGUUUUUCCAGCACAGUGGAUACUCCACCUGCAAGAACAUAUUCACGUACUGCAGAGAGCUGGGAGACAUUGUCCACAAGGAUACCACAGUCUAUGAAAAGGAAAAGGACAUCAUCUCUGUGUGCCGUCAGUUGUUGGUGGUGUGUGAUGAGAUCCUGAAUUCCAGCCCUGAGCCACUUCUUACCCACACCGCUCAGCUUGAGAGUGUCGACCUGGUGCCUGUGUCUCCUGGGGAUCAGCUGGGGAUUGAGAUAACGUCCACUGGCUCCAGUAACCACUACGUGACCGGAACUGCUGCUGAGCCUUUGGCUGAUGCCAGUGUGAAGAUCUUGGCUGGUGAUGAAGUGAUUCAAGUCAACGACCAGAUAGUGGUGGGCUGGAGCAAAGCUAACCUUGUGAAGAAGUUGCGGGAAAAUCCCAGUGGAGUGACUUUGGUCCUGAAGAAGAUUCCUGGAUCAGUGCGACGCAGAGAGCCAGUCCAGAUCUCCUACACACAGGAGGAGGAAAAAAAAGAAGAGAGGUUAGAGGAAGAAGAGGAGAAGGACAACGAAGGGAAUCCAAGGUCCUCCAUAUUUGAUAGGGUUGCAGCUUCUGUCAGGUCCCUGUCUUUUAGAAGGGCCGUUCAAGAGACAGGGGUACAUGAACAGCCUAUGGGGCAGGAGGAAUCAGACUUGCCCUCUGACAAGGAGCUGGAGGGGACUCUGACUCUCACUUCAUAUCAAAACCAACUGUCCCCUCUGUCAGCCUCAGGGGAGUUUGAGAGUUUGAGACCAGACCAGUUGUCAUCACCCAGAAGUUCUUCUCCGUUCAGAUUUGGGUCAUUCAGAAGUCCUUCGCCUCAGAGACUGAAACGGGAAACAUCUAGCAUAAGUUCCUGCCCUGAAAUGGUGGGACACACGGGAAAUAAGGACAGAGAGAAGGGCUCUACAAAAGGAACAUCGACAGCUAUGAGUCGGCGUCGCGUGUCCUGCCGUGAGCUGGGUCGACCCGACUGCGAUGGCUGGCUGUGGAAGAAGAGAAAGGACAGCAGCGUCUUCAUGGCCCAGAAGUGGCAGCGCUUCUGGUUUGUCCUCAAAGGGCCCUCCCUGUACUGGUACACCAGCCAACAGGAUGAGAAGGCAGAGGGUUUUGUCAACAUCGCCAGCUAUAGCAUAGAGAGUGCUGGAGAGCACAAGAGAAAAUAUGUGUUUAAAAUGUUCCACCAGCGAUUUCAGAACUUCUUCUUUGCUGCUGACAAUGUCACUGACAUGAGCAAGUGGAUCAACUGUCUGAUUUCAGCCAUACAGAAGCAUAAGAAGCUCCACAAAGGCCCAGAUAGCGAAGAAGAAUGUUACAGCGAGACAGAAUCAGAAAGCGAGAUGUCACCUUCACCCCGCAGAAGAAUCAAGAAAGUGCAGUCCAACACUCUGCCUCGCCCCAAGGGGAAGACGAACAAGGUGCCAUUACCGAGUCCUGUGACAGGGGGCAGCAAAGGAACAGCCGGAGCUGUAGAUGAGAUGGGCAUGAUGUUAAACAACAUAAAGGAAGGCGGGGUUUCUCUGAUCGGUCACGAGCAGCCGAGUACUCACGACCACUUCAGGAAAUCGUUCAUUCGACGCAACAAGAACCCGAUCAUCAAUGAGAAGGCGCACACGCUCCGGGCCUUGCAGAGCACUCUUAAGGCCAAAGAGACAGAGCUGCUGCAGAUCAACAAGAUCUUAGAGGACUCUGAUCUGACACCUUCAAAGUAUCGUCAGUGGAAGGAGCACAACGAGGAACUAGUUCAAGAAAUCGACAGGCUGGCCGCGCUCAAGGCCUCCAAAGGAGGGGACAACGCGGUAGUGCAGGACACGCCUACUGAGCAGGUUACCUUGGAAACUGUCGCUAAGGAGACAGCCACUGCAGACACAGAAGGCGCAUACAGACUCAGACUCAGUGACGGCGAGCAGUUAGUGGAUGCAGAGCUGUCUGAUGUUUUCCUGGAGAUCCCACAGGGCUCUCUGAGCACAGAAACCAGUCCGGUGUUAGAACUCUCUCUAGGAUCGCUGCAAGACUCAAUAAAUAAACAGCUGAGUGAAAUGGUGGAGAGCGGAGAAGCGGCCGAGAACUACUUCUACAUUUAAGACCCCGCUGGAACAUUCACGUCACUGGAAAGUUGUUCAAUAGAAUCAGACAAAUGGAAGAUGGGUUGCCAUGCAGCCGUGUGAGAGAGGUGCAUUUCAUCUUGUCCUCUGCUGACAUUCGCCCGAAAGGGUUAGCUAAAUUGGCCAUUAAAUCAGCACUUUAAUCAAGUACGUGAGUGAAAUACAUCAGUGUAGACUUGACUUGUAAAUUCAGACCUAGACUUGCACACAACAAACAAAACAAAAGUGUACAACAGAGAAAAGAACAAUUUCCUAAGUGUCAAUCAGAGCUCAGUAUGUAUGUGUCUUGUUCUUCUAAUAAUAAAAACUGGAACUUUUCAAUGUAUUAUAAGUCAUGCCUUUUGUAAUGUGAUAUGUAAAUACAGUCAAUAUAAGUUGUUUAUUGACAUUACCUUAAUAAAGGUAUACAUUUUGAAUAUUUUGUACAUAAUCUGCUGCAGAAACACUGUUCUAGCUCCUUGUUGGUCGAAGAGAUUUGUGUUUUGUUGUUAUUUUUUUUUUAUCCUUCUUGGCCCUGUGGAGAACAUUGUACUACACCACAAUCAUGGACUUGUGCAUGUGAACCACAUAGUAGAUCUGUAUGACAGCUCUGGGUUCAGUGUUCCUAAUUGCCCCAUGGAAUCUGCCAUUAAUGCAGCAGGACAAAUGAAGACUCCUCAAGCGCUGAGAUGCCAGAUGUGGCUCAGCUUCUUUUCACUGUAAAACUCAUUGGCUUAAUUAAAAAGGGAGCGUCAUGGUUAAAGAUGAGAAGAUGGUUAAAGAUCAGAAUCGGGGUGUCUGAAUAGGGAAUGACUGACAGACCUUGAUAAAGCAGAUAUUUUAUUCAUCAUCAUAUAUCAUUUCUUUGCAUUGUUUUAUUUCUGUGGCUGUCUAUAGUCAUAUGUGAUUUAAUUUGAAACACAAGUACAAGAUUAUAAAAUGCACGCCUUUACAUAUGUAUGUCCUCGUCAGUCUUUUGUGCCUGAAUGUCAGUGCAUCAAGGCUUUUAUUUCCAUCUUGCUCCUUGUGUGAGCCUACUUUAAGCUCGUUUGGUGAAGGUCACUUCACUGAAUGGAUAUAAUGUUUCAUAACAGUGUGCUUUCUGUUUCAUUUUCACAUUAAAUGUGUCCAAAGAUUGUUAAAAUAACAAUAUACAUAUACACUGGCCAUUUCACUAAAUGAGUGAAUCCAUUUCCCAAAAUUUAAGAUCAAGACUCGAUCAUUGGCUUUUUUUCCCGCUCUCAACCGUGGCACAGCAGUGACUCAGAUUUGUGCUAAAUUCACAAUAGUGAACUCUUGGUCUCAACGAAAUGUUCCACUAAACUGUUAGUCACUCACUGAAUGACGCUGUUUUCCACUGAUGAAAAAACUCAAUUGUUCAUUCUCUCACCAGAUCAUGAUUUGUUCACAUAACAGGGCUCUUUCUGCCAAUUCACUAGGGUUACCUGGAGUGGCCUUGUCUGCUCUGUGUUGGCUAUGAUGAUAGCUAUGCCACUCAGCUUUGUGUGGAGUGAAUUUGAAUUACUUGAAAUAGCCUCAGUUUGUAUGGGGGCAGCAAAGACAUACACAUACAGUGUAAUUAGUAAGUAAAUGAGUAGUAAGCAAGAACAAUAUCAAUAUGUUUACAUUUACUCUGUAUAGGAUGAAUUAUACAUAAUAAUUGUUUUGUUCAAUAGGGUCUAUAAAAAAGCUUUUUAUGAUUUUACUCUUGAUGUUAUGUACUAGGACGCAGCAUACAGUGAUAUAUUGUUGAAAUGUUUUAUUCAAUGCACAAUACAACACACUUUAACAAGAUAACACCAAUAAAUAAUUUACAAAGAAUAAACAACACCUGUUGGA